AUGAUAAUGCCAUCAGUGAAGGUGCUGGAAGGAAAGACUACAACAUUAGAGGAUGAAGAUCGUGCUCAAGGAUUAACUCAACAUAUAAUUGGGAAAAGUAAAGUUGCACCUAGAGGAACCAUGCCAUUAACCCACAAUGAGAGUAGCAAGCACACAUACCAAGAGAGGAAGAGGACAAAUGGAUGGAAGAAAACAAAGAGAGUCGAGAAUGGUCAUUCUCGUGAAGGGAUAGGUUGGCAAUUUUGUGCUGACAUAGAAUGGAAUGGUAUUCGAGAAGUUAAUGUACCUCCCACAGGCACCUUUUUAGCAGUGGCCAUUGUAGGUAUGAAAGUUGGACUUGACCUCAUGAGAUAUCUGGCCUUUGGGAAUUCCUACAACCCAAGCUGUAGUUGCACCCUUGGGCCUAUCGUCCCUGGUUCGAUGGAUAUCUAA